AUGGACGCCGAUGACCGCGGCGCCAAAAAGAGAUUGGGAGGAUUUCUGUCGGUGACUCCAAGUGCAAUCAAGCAUCCAAACAUCCCCAGCAUCCAAACAUCAACUACAUCCAAACAUCAACAACAUCCAAACAUCACCAGCAUCCAAACAUCAACAACAUCUAAACAUCAACAACAUCCAAACAUCACCAGCAUCCAAACAACAACAUCCAAACAUCACCAGCAUCCAAACAUCAACAACAUCCAAACAUCACCAGCAUCCAAACAUUACCAGCAUCCAAACAUCAACAACAUCCAAACAUCAACAACAUCCAAACAUCAACAACAUCCAAACAUCACUAGCAUCCAAACAUCACCAGCAUCCAAACAUCAACUACAUCCAAACAUCAACAACAUUCAAACAUCACCAGCAUCCAAACAUCAACAACAUCUAAACAUCAACAACAUCCAAACAUCACCAGCAUCCAAACAUCAACAACAUCCAAACAUCAACAACAUCCAAACAUCACUAGUAUCCAAACAUCACCAGCAUCCAAACAUCAACAACAUCCAAACAUCAACAACAUCCAAACAUCACCAGCAUACAAACAUCACCAGCAUCCAAACAUCACCAGCAUCCAAACAUCACCAGCAUCCAAACAUCAACAACAUCCAAACAUCAACAACAUCCAAACAUCACCAGCAUCCAAACAUCAACAACAUCCAAACAUCAACAACAUCCAAACAUCAACAACAUCCAAACAUCACCAGCAUCCAAACAUCAACAGCAUCCAAACAUCAACAACAUCCAAACAUCACCAGCAGGAAGUCCAUCCGUGCCUUGCUUUCAUUUCUAUGAUUGCAUUCAAUCUUUUAGGUUUUUAAUUUGUAUCACUCUGAUGUGAUUUGAGCCAUGGUGACGUGUAGUAACAAUAAGAUGCUUGUUGAUGGAUGAUGUCAUGUUGAUGGAUGAUGUCAUGUUGAUGGAUGAUGUCAUGUUGAUGGAUGAUGUCAUGUUGACGGAUGAUGUCAUGUUGAUGGAUGAUGUCAUGUUGAUGGAUGAUGUCAUGUUGAUGGAUGAUGUCAUGUUGACGGAGAGUGAGGUAGUUUGUCCUGACUGACGGCGACAUCACACUCCUCGGUCAUCCCUGUUUGUUGUCUUUUUGCAUUUGAGGCAUGAUGACGGGACUGUCAGGUUUACACACCAGCAUCUCCUGUGGUUUGUGUCAAAAACCACUGAGGACCGACGGAACAUUUAUGCAACUUGUUGUAUUAGGAAUCUUGAAUUGUGUGUGCAUAAUUAGCACAUCAAGUUUUUGCAGUUGUUUUCUACAACAAACUCCUCUGAGAAGCCUUCAAUCAGGCAACAACUUUUUGAUAUUAAAAAGGUAAUAAAUAUAUACAAAAUCA